AUGGAUUCAAGUCGGUUAACCAAUGUGACUGAUAGUUCAGCGGUGAAAUACAUUCAUUUCUGUGAUCUUCACUUUUUUCAAACAAAAGCUAAUUUUGCUACAUGGAAUAAAUCAGAAAUCACUAGGUUUCUCCAUGGACUUGAAAGUAAUCUACAAGACUGCCCUAGUAUUGUAAAUUUGAUCACUCCAAUUUGCAAAGAAGGCAUUUUACGCAUUACUAAGUCAGUUACAAAUGAACAACUUAUUUGCUUUCCAUUGUGUGAAAUUCGACAUUUAAUAAAAAGUCUAGACUCUGCAACAACAAAUUACGUCUUGUUAACUCGCGGUACUCUUACACCACAAACUCAUAGGAAUAGCAUAAACAAUGAGGCGGCGAUUGAUUCAGCCGGAGAAAGUUUAUCAAGUUCAUAUCAAACAUAUAUAUUGCGUUGCCAAACAUACCAUGGGGCAUUAAGAAUAAUCGAUGUCAUGAAUCGAAUUUUAAACGAAGAAGUAGGCUCAACUAUCAAGCCAAAUGUUUUUGAACCCCAAAGCAUCACGCUUCGUUUACAUUUGGAUAUAAGAGAAGACGAUGGCUCUGGUGUUAAUUUCACUCCUGUACCAAAAGAAAAAUCGGAAUUGUUCAAGUUACGUAGAGGUACAGCUAAACGCCUAUUGGUUGGUAUUAGUCAAGUUGAUGGACACGUUUAUCUGCCUAUUAGUGGUAUUUUAGACGUUUGUGUUGGAUACGGUCGUUAUUUAUCAGAGAGUGAAUUAACUUAUUUGGGAGGUGAAGAAAAUGCCGCACGUGGAGAGGCAUCAUUAAAUCUGCUAACUGGAACUUCUUUUUCCACUUGGGUCACCUGGCCAUCAAAUCAUAGUCAAUUUUCAAUGUUCGAUGUUCUUGGAAAUCGGGAUGAAUGCAUUUUCUUCACUGUGGUCGUCCGUUUUAUUAUUCCUCGACUUGAGAAACCAUUAUGUCUACGACGAAUAUGUCGAGCUCGUGUUUACAAAACAGAUGAAAUAUUUUGGCUGUCUUUAGAUAGAAAGCCUGUUGUAGAAGAUUAUACUAUUCAGCUGACUGAGAGUAUAGAUGAAACUGGCAAUCUGUAUGCUGGUAAAAUAGUUGGAAUCACAGAUGUAGUCGCUUUUCAUCCAGAUCAUAAUCAAAUUACUCCAGGUGUUCCAUCUGCUGCCAAUCCAUCUGAAGAUGAUGAUAAUGAACCCUUGAUGAGUGGUAAUGGAAUUGUCUCCAGAGAAGUGACAGAUGAUCAAUUACUAAUUGAAUGGGGUCACUUAGUUACUGAAUGGCACAAUAAAGUGCGACAAGAUCAAGCUAAUGGUCUUAAUGUGUCGACAAAUUCUCUGAGAACAGAAUUAUUACACAGUGGUUCUUCUGGUCCGCAUAUUUCUCACUUAGGAUCUGCAUUUUGUCAAAGAAUUAAAAAAUUAGUUAGUCGUGGUAUACCAGAUGCUUUAAGAGCUGAAGUUUGGCAAUUAUUAUCUGGUUGUCCUGUUGAUGAAACUGGCUUAAUGGAUGCUUAUCGAAUUCUAAUUACUAAACCUUGUAAACAUGAUGAUGUUAUACGUCGUGAUCUAGCGCGUACAUUCCCAGCUCAUAGUUUUUUCCGUGAUAAAAUUGGUCAAGAAAGCCUUUUCCUAGUUAGCCGCGCUUAUGCUUUAUACGAUGAAGAAGUUGGCUACUGUCAAGGAUUAACAUUUUUUGCUGCUGUAUUACUACUUCAUAUGCCUGUAGAACAAGCAUUCACGUUAUUAGUUCAAGUGAACAAUAAUUAUGGUGUAAGAGAAUUUUUCCUAAAUGAUUUCGAUGGUCUACACAUGCGACUGUAUCAAUUACAACGUAUUAUCCAGGAUCAAUUACCGGAUGUUUCAAAGCAUUUUGCUGAUCUUGGCUUAGAAACGCAUAUGUUUGCUAGUCAAUGGUUUUUAACUCUAUUCACAGCUAAAUUCCCUUUGAAUGUUGUCUUUCAUAUUGUAGAUAUGUUUCUUACUGAGGGCUUGAUCUUCAUAUUCAAGGUAUCCUUAGCACUUUUACAAUUGGCUAGACGUGAUUUACUUGGUCUAGACUUUGAAGGUGUACUUAAGUAUUUACGGGUUACAAUGCCGAAAAAGUAUUUAGCCUGUGACGCCAAUGAAGAAUUACUUAGAUCAGCAAUAAUGGCUAAAGUUACCUCAUCAAAAUUACAAAAAUAUGCUAAAGAAUGGUUAUCGAAAAGAGCUGAAGAAAAGCUGACUGAUUCACCAAUUCAUAUUAUGGAAUGCCAAUUAGCAUCACUGCGACGAGAAAUCAGUCGAUUAGAGCAUGAAAAUGAGACAUUGGCUUCUGGUUUACUUACAAGUAAAACAUCAAUGCAUGAACAAGUUGAUCGAUUAGAAGAUAAGGCUGAAAUAUUAACUCGUGAAUUAUUUGCUUCAAGACAAGAUUUUCAAGAUGCUUUAGAAGAGAAAACGCAUUUAGAAAAUGAAGUUCUUCAGGUAAAGAAAAUGUUUCGUACUGCACUGGAAGAGAAUUCCGCUGAAUUGGAAAGACAUCGAAAUAUUUUUGAGUGUUAUAAAACAAUCACAACAGAAUUAAAUAAUUAUCUAGUGCAUGCUAGUCAUAGUAAUUCUACAAACUCUACAGAUCCCUAUGAAUAUGAUCCAUUGUUUUUAAAUUUAACAUUUGAUCUAUUACAACAAGCAUUACACUGUAAAGCCUGUAUGCCUAUUAUAGAAAAUUAUAUUGAAAAGUCAAACAAUAUCAUCAAUACGACAACAAAUGAUCCAUCGUGUGUUAUAGAAGAUGAAGUUGUCGUUAUUGUUAAUAAUACAUCAGAACAU